GACAGCAAUUACUGCAUUUCCUCAUAUAAGGUUCUUUCUCGAUGCUUCGUACUCUCAACAAGAAAUCACUGUACAACGCAAUUGAGAUGACAAGUCGUAAGGCAAAAAAUAGGAUGUUGUCAAAAUUUCUCAUCAUAGCCUGCCUAACGUUGAUUCUUGCACCUCCAACCUUAUCCUUGCAAUCCGCGAUCAACGUUUGGCCUAAACCAAGACUACUGGUAUGGCCAAAACCACUUGCCACGUUCCUCUCUCCAAACUUCACCAUCAGUUCCCCCAACCACCAACACCUCACCCCCGCCGUCAACCGCUACCUCCGUCUUAUCAAGACGGAGCACCACCACCCCGUUGUCACCCCUUCUGUCAUCGUUUCCAACUCAUCCGCUCCGUUGAAAACUCUUUCCAUCAAUGUAAUUGAUCUCACCGUCCCCCUCCAACAUGGGGUGAAUGAAACCUACGCCCUGGCCGUUUCUGAAGUUGAUGGUACGGCCUAUUUGACAGCCGCAACUGCGUGGGGAGCAAUGAGGGGUCUAGAGACGUUCUCUCAGAUGGUGUGGGGUGAUCCCUCGGUUGUCCCGGUGGGCGUGUACGUGUGGGAUGCUCCCUUGUUUGCUCACAGGGGAGUCAUGCUGGAUACAUCAAGGAAUUAUUAUGCGGUGGAGGACAUAUUGAGGACUAUUGGGGCAAUGAGUGCUAACAAGCUUAAUGUGUUCCAUUGGCAUAUUACUGACUCACAUUCUUUUCCACUGAUGGUGCCUUCGGAGCCUGAGCUUGCUGCCAAGGGAUCUUAUGGACCUGACAUGAUAUACUCACCCUCGGAUGUGGCAAGGAUUGUGCAAUUUGGCUUGGAACAUGGGGUAAGGGUCCUACCGGAAAUCGAUUCACCAGGUCAUACAGGAUCAUGGGCAGAAGCCUACCCAGAAAUAGUUGCCUGCGCAAACAUGUUUUGGUGGCCAGCUGGAAGUCUGUGGGAUGACCGUCUUGCAUCUGAACCUGGAACUGGCCAUUUAAAUCCCUUAAACCCCAAAACCUACCAAGUUCUCAAGAACGUAAUUCAUGACAUAGCCACUCUAUUCCCUGAAACAUUCUACCAUGGGGGAGCUGAUGAGGUAAUUCCUGGAUGUUGGAAAGCUGAUCCAACCAUUCAAUCUUUCCUUUCAAAUGGUGGAACCCUCAGCCAGCUCCUGGAAACCUUUGUGAACUCUACUUUGCCUUACAUCAUAUCCCUCAAUCGUACCGUGGUGUAUUGGGAGGAUGUUUUAUUAGAUGACAAUGUCAAAGUAGACUCCUCAUUUCUUCCAAGGGAGUACACCAUUUUACAAACAUGGAACAACGGCUCAAUCAACACCAAAAAGAUUGUUGAAGCCGGAUAUCAGGUGAUUGUAUCAUCUUCAGAGUUCUAUUAUUUGGAUUGUGGCCAUGGGGACUUUCUAGGGAAUGAUAGUCUAUAUGAUCAGCAAACAACAGGAGGUAACUCUGGAAAUGGAGGGUCUUGGUGUGGACCUUUUAAAACAUGGCAAACUAUUUAUAACUAUGACAUAACUUAUGGUUUAAGUGAAGAGGAGGCUAAAUUGGUUCUAGGUGGAGAGGUGGCAUUGUGGUCAGAACAAGCUGAUCCUACAGUCCUGGAUCCAAGGAUUUGGCCGAGAACUUCAGCAAUGGCGGAGACAUUGUGGUCAGGAAACCGCGACGAGACAGGGAACAAGAGGUAUGCUGAGGCAACUGACAGGUUGAAUGAAUGGAGGUAUCGAAUGGUAAGUAGAGGGAUCAAGGCUGAACCACUUCAACCACUGUGGUGUGUUAAGAAUCCAGGAAUGUGCAACACAGUCAAUACUUUUUGAUUUUUAAAGAUGUUUAAUGGAGCAACGCAGAAUUUAGAUACAAGUGACAAAAAAAUUGCUUCAGAAUUCACUUGGUUUGCAUUGAGUAUGCUUCUUACAUUUUCAACUUGUAUUCAUGUUCCAAUUGAUGAUCAAAAGAACUUGUCUAUGUCAUAAUGCACAUCGCUGAAUUUCUUGAUAA